AUGUUCUCUGAUUAUGUACCUUAUAUUAUGAUUGGUUUAAUAGUUCUCUUUGUUUGUUCUUGUAUUUAUGUCUACAAACAUAGAGCAGAGGUAAUUGAAAUGGCCGGAAUUGAACCUCCAAAUGUUCCAGGAUUUCAGACCGAAAAGCACGUCAAAAAACCAAAAGGUCCACGUCCAAAUGCAAAGAAAGCUGCUAAAAUAAUGCCACAACACCAAGCUCAAGCCAUUGCUGAAGAAGAAGCAAAAAAUCGUCCAAAACAAGAUCCAAAGAAACAAGCUAGACAAGAGAAUAAAAAAGUAAACAUCAUCAGAAGAAACAAGGGACGCUCUGAUCUCCCAUUAAAUACAAACGAAAGCGCUCUUAAGUCAAUGUCGAUUAAUAAUGAAGGUUUCCUUUGUGCAGUAUCAAAGGAUCGUAUUUUCCAUUUAUACUACACAGAUUUCUUCAACAUUUCUCCAACAAUGUUAACUCAACAAUUCGAAUUAGACAAGUUUGAGAUUACUAACGCUGCUUUCGUUCGUUCCGAAGGUCUCAAGGUUGUUUAUACAGAAAAUGCUCACAAGAAACUUAUCAUUGCUAAUCUUAAACUCGAUGAUGAAUCAAAAUUCGUCAUAGACUCAAGAAACGAGAUCGAAAACGUCUACAAAUCAGCAUGCAACGCAAUCAUAGUUCAUCCAGAAGCUAAAUACAUCGCAUUACACCUUGAUAACAACAAAAUCGUAUUUUACAACAUGCAACUCCAAGAAAUCGGCAAAAUUUCAUUCGAAGGCAAGAAGAUUAACCAUGUUGUUCCAUCCCACGACUACAAUCGUCUUUUCAUUGCUGUUGGAGCUUCAAUUGAAGUUUUCGAUUGGUCAAAGACAGAAUGGAAGCAAUUCUGCACUGUUCCAACAAAGGCAGUUGUUACAGCGAUGGCCUUCUGUGCAAAGACAGGCGAACUCGUCGUUGCAACAGCUGAUGGACUUCUUACAGUUUAUACAUACAAGAUUCAACAGAACAAGGCUCGAAAUGUCUGGGAAAUACAAGGAAUAAGACUUCUUACGGCAUCUGUGUUCAGUGCUUCACUCGCAAUUGUCUCUGGAAAGGGUAAACUUACAAUUGUCGAUUUGAAGGAUGGAAAGGUCUCCGGAGCAUUGAAUGAGAUGCACGAAGGAGAAGUAAACUUCCUCCAGUUCUCGAAUGAUGAUGCUUGGAUAUUUGUUGGUUCAAGAAGCAAACCAAACAUCGAAUCUUAUCGUUUUGCUGAUAAGAAAUAA